AUGAGGUUUAAACCUCUAAUAAUAGGUGCAAUUGUAUCUGUAAAUUUAUUACCAAAUACUAUAUUCUUAGACAAAUAUAGAAAAUUCAGAGCUACAUAUGGAUGUAUACGUAUGCGAAUAUAACUUACAAUGGAUUGACUUUUAUAACUGUUGCUUAAGUUCAAUUAAAUGUCAAAAAUUAAAGCAUGGAUGUUCCGGAUAAUACUGACGAAGCUUUAGAUCCUCGUAUACAGAUUGAAUUGGAGAAUUUAAAUGAUGCAACUGAUGAUAUAAAUAAACUUGAAUCUGAAUUGGAUGAAGCCCACACUGCUUUUAGACAAUUAUUAUCUGAAACUACAAAACGAUUGAAAGAAAUAUUAAAUAAAGUGGGAAGUAAUUCUGUGGAAAGGGCAAGAUGUUAUUAUGAAGCACUAGAAAUAGCACGCGAGGCUCAGAUAAAAUGUCAACAGCAAGCUCAACUAUUUCAAAGAGCAAGUGAAAUUCAUGGAGCAGCAAAAGAAACUGUAGCUCUAGCUGAAAGUAGAUUUAUGUCCCAUCAACAUGAAUGGAAUUUUGAUCAAGCAUGGCAAGAUAUGUUAAAUCAUGCAACUCUUAAAGUAAUGGAUGCUGAAAAUCAAAAAGCCGAAUGUGGUCGAGAACAUUACAGAAGAGCGGUAUUGUUUCAUGAUGCCGAAAAAAGAUUGUUACAAUUAGAAGAAAAACAUCGUCGCGCUAUAAUUAAAGCGAGACCAUAUUUUGAAGUAAAGGCCCAAUGUGAUCAAAUGUUAGCAACACAGAAAGAAAGAGUUGAAUGUUUACAAAAAGCAAUACAAGAUGCAAAAACUAAUUAUGCUACAAGUUUGCGUCGAUUAGAAGAAAUUAGUAAUCAAAUACAUCAACAACGCAAAGAUUAUGAUUUUAUAGCUAACGGACCUCGAGAACCGGGUGUAGGAGCAGAACUAGUUAGCCCGCAAAAGACUUCUAAUUAUGAUUUAGAAUUUAAUCAGUUAAAUGGCGAUAGAAUAAAAGAUAACACAAAUGAUCAGCUUAAUAAAUUUAACAAAGUACAAGAUUGUGAUAAUGCCUACGUAUUACAGGAAGAUACCGAACAUCUUGGAAAAAGAUCAGUUGAUGGAAGUGAGGCAACAUCUCAAUGGGAAUUAGAAGUAGAAACUAAUGUGGAAAACUUAAAUAAUUUAUCUUUGGAGAAUUCCGUGCAUGAUUCAGACAAUAGGAACGAAGAUAUAUCCAAUUUACAUUUUUAUAAUGAUAAGUUCACAAAAUCAAAUAAUUUUUUGCAAAAAUUAAGUUACAGUUUUUUGAAAAGUAAAGAACAUUCUGUAUAUAAUCUAGAACAACUUAAAAAAUUAUCAAAGAACUUCCAGACUUUUAAAAAUGUGUCCAUAAGUAAACCUUUAAUGACGCAUUUUGAAGAAUCAAAUAGAGCACAGAGUAGUUCAGCCGCAUUGGACAAAUGUAAAAUCGAUAACAAAAAUAAUUCAUCGAAGUCGUUAAAUAUUAGUCCCACGAAUAUAAGUAAUCUCAGUUCAAGCUUAUUAUCUCCUAAGAAAGAGGGGGCUCGAAAUCUAAUAAGAUACGUGCCAAAUACAGUUUUCAAAUUUGGCUUUAGUAAUAAAAAAUCUCAAAGCAAUAGCGAUAUUAAUUUACCUUCGAAUUUUGAUACUAAUUCUACCGAAAAAUAUCAAAGUUUAGAUAAUAUUGUAGGUAAUAAGACUGAUGAUCUUCAAUUUGAUAAAGAACGUACAAACGUAAACUCCACUAUAGCUAAUGAAACUUGUAAAAACGGCCUAAAUACUCCAAAAAACUUACAUUGUACGCAGCUAAAUAAUAAUAGCACGACUAAUUCAGAAGUAAAAUACGCGAUAUCGACGAAAAAAUGGUUUAGAUCUAAUUCUUCACAAUUUUUAUUUUCUAGCGCUAGUACAUCACCGUUAAAGAACGUAGCAAGAUUAUCGAGUGAAAACUCGUUAAAUAAACAGUUAACUGAUAAUAGUAGCAAAGCUUCUGCAGUUAAAAAAUUAACAGAUAUUUCAUUGAAUAUUAGAGAGUUACCAUUAUUAUCAGUAUUUGAGAAAUCAAAUAUAUUGCUAAACAGUAAAAGCAAAAGCUGUAGCAUGAUGAACUUAGGUGAUAGGCAGGAUUUUAUGCCAUUAGAUGAUUUCUACUCGAGUGAUUUAAAAACUGUGAGCACAGAGAAAAUGACAUAUUUAAAAGAUAAUCAAUUCCAAAAAUUUCAAGAUAAAAAAUAAAUAGAUUACAGUAAAACACAAUAAUGUUAAUUAUGUUAUGAAUGUGAUAUGUUUUAAAAGGACUUUGAUAUUUGAUUUUACAAAUGGAAUUUGUAUCAUUUUUUUAGUAUGUAUAUAAAAUUUAAAUGAUCAAUUUUUUCUGUCAUAUAGAUAUUAAUUUUAUACUGAACUAUAAUAUUGUGUGUUAUUAACGUGAAAAAGGAUAUUAUUCAAUAGUUCUAUUAACUUAAGGCAUGUGUGAGUA